CUCAUUCAUAUAUACUUACUUAUAUAUCUACUUCUUCUCUGCAACUACAGUCCUCAUUAUUAUACUAUCUCUGUUUGAAAAUGGUGGAGGAAACCUUAAGUGGGUCUAACUCUAACUGAAGUAGUGAACAGAUUAUUAAUAUCAAAAAGGGAUAAUCGCCAUGAAAACACCAUUACUUUUCUUCUUCAUCUUCUUCUCCUUCUUCUACUGUUCCAUUGUGGCCUUGGGAUCUGUUAAUAAUAAUAAUAAUGAACAAGAAGAAGAAGAAGUUACUGUUCUUCUUUCCAUUAAAGCCGGGUUUAGUGACCCAUUAGACCAGCUCAAGGAUUGGAAUCAUGCUUCGGCUCAAUCCUACUGCAACUGGAAUGGAGUUCAAUGCAACUCCAUCGGCAAUGUCAAUACCCUCGAUCUCUCCAACAUGAAUCUCACCGGAAGUAUCUCCGAUGAAAUCCAACGUCUCAUCUCCCUCACAUAUCUCAACUUUAGCUGCAACGGAUUCUCCUCCGUCAUUUCACCCUCCAUUGUCAAUCUAACCUCACUAGAGGUCCUGGACGUGAGUCAGAAUUCCUUUUCCGGCGAACUCCCACCUGGGUUCGCAAAUUUGGUGAUGUUGAAGACGUUUAAUGCAUCUGGAAAUAACUUCACAGGAAAUGUUCCAGAUGAUCUUGGGAGAAUUAAAACGUUGGAAGAUCUUGAUCUCCGGGGGAAUUUCUUUCAAGGAUCGAUACCUAAAUCUUUGGAGAAUUUGGAUAAACUUAAGUUUCUUGGGCUAUCUGGGAAUAAUCUUUCCGGCGAAUUGCCGAAAGAAUUGGGACGACUUGCUUCGUUGGAGAUUAUUGUUGCUGGGUAUAAUGAUUUUGAAGGUGGAAUUCCAAUUGAGAUUGGAAAUUUGACGAAUUUGAGAUAUAUUGAUUUGGCGUAUGGGAAUCUUGGAGGGAGAAUACCAGCUGAAUUGGGGAAAUUGAAGAAACUGGAGACGGUAUUCUUGUAUACUAAUGAUUUCGAAGGAGAGAUUCCUUAUGAAUUUGGAAAUCUAACUUCACUUCAGUUCUUGGAUCUUUCUGAUAAUCUAUUAUCCGGUGAGAUUCCGGCGGAGAUCUCUUUAUUAAAGAAUCUACAGCUUCUUAAUCUCAUGUGUAAUCGAUUCUCCGGUCAAGUUCCAUCUGGGAUUGGAGAUUUAACCCAGUUGAAGAUCGUUGAGUUAUGGAAUAACUCGUUUUCAGGAUCACUUCCGUCCAAUCUCGGCCGGAAUUCGCCUCUUCAAUGGCUAGACAUUUCAUCCAAUUCCUUCUCCGGCCAAAUUCCGACGACUUUAUGCGGCGGAGGAAAACUCACUAAACUUAUAUUAUUCAACAAUGGUUUCUCCGGCCCUAUUCCAUCUGAGUUAUCCGGUUGUGGCUCAUUGGUUCGUGUCCGGAUGCAGAAUAACAGUCUUUCCGGCGGAAUUCCGGUGGGGUUUGGGAAUCUGGGGAAGCUCCAAAGACUUGAAUUAGCAAACAAUAAUUUUUCAGGUCAAAUCCCAAAUGAUCUUUCUUUAUCUAUUUCACUAUCUUUUAUUGACAUUUCUCAUAACCAUCUUCAAUCCUUAAUCCCAUCUUCAAUCCUCUCCAUUCCGUCUCUCCAAAACUUCUUAGUCGCUGAUAAUAAACUCUCCGGCGAAAUCCCUGACCAAUUCCAGGAUUGCCCGUCGCUAUUGCUACUCGAUCUUUCCUCUAACCGGUUUUCCGGACACAUUCCGGCAAGCGUUGCUUCAUGCGAGAGGUUAGUAUCGCUCAACCUGCGUAACAACCUUCUGACGGGACCGAUACCGAGGGCAAUCGCGAUGAUGCCCACGUUAUCGGUUCUUGAUAUUUCUCAUAAUUCUCUUACGGGCGGGAUCCCGGAAAAUUUUGGGAACUCGCCCACAUUAGAAUUGCUCAAUGUUUCUUAUAACACGUUGGAAGGGCCGGUCCCUUCCAACGGGAUGCUUAGAACGAUUAAUUCUGAGGAUCUCAUUGGGAACGUCGGUCUAUGCGGAGGAGUCCUUCCUCCUUGCUCGGGUAAUCGCACCUUGAAACAAAAAAACCCUGGCAUGCACACGAGGCAUAUGGUUGCGACAUGCGUUAUUGGAAUCUCGAUAAUGUUGGCGAUUGUGAUUUCGCUCGUUAGCGGUUGGUCGUUAUACUAUAAGUGGCGUUCGAAUGGGAACUUUUGUUUCCACGAAAGCUUUGAAAUGGGGAAGAGCGAGUGGCCGUGGAGGUUAAUGGCUUUUCAAAGACUCGACUUCACUAGCAAUGACAUCUUGGCAUGCAUCAAGGAAACAAACGUGGUUGGAAUGGGCGGGAGUGGGAUAGUCUACAAGGCCGAUGUCCCGAGAUCAGAUACGGUCGUGGCGGUUAAAAAGAUGUGGAAGACAGGAACCGACGAAGGUUUGGAUCUCGUGGGGGAGGCGAAUAUGUUGGGGAGGUUAAGACAUAGAAACAUCGUUAGGUUAUUAGGAUUGCUUCAUAAUAACAAAGAGACUAUGCUAAUCUACGAGUACAUGACAAACGGGAGCUUGUGGGAGUCUCUUCACGGAAAAGAGGCAUCCGAAAAGCAACUAUUAGUCGAUUGGGUGUCGCGGUAUAACGUGGCAGUUGGAAUCGCACAAGGCCUAGCCUAUCUUCACCACGAUUGUCGCCCACCCGUAAUCCAUCGAGAUAUCAAGUCGAGCAAUAUAUUGCUAGACAUGAAUCUCGAGGCAAGGAUUGCAGAUUUUGGACUUGCAAAGACAAUGCUUAAGAAGAACGAGACAGUUUCAGUUGUCGCUGGAUCGUAUGGUUACAUUGCUCCUGAGUAUGGGUACACGUUAAAAGUGGACGAAAAGAGCGACAUAUACAGCUUCGGGGUGGUGUUGAUAGAGCUCGUGACAGGAAAGAGGCCAUUGGAGGCAGAAUUCGGCGAAUCAGUAGAGAUUGUGGAAUGGGUUAGGGCAAAGAUAAGGGAUAAAAGACCAUUAGAGGAGGCAUUGGACCAAAAUGUGGGAGGGAAUUGCAAAUAUGUGCAAGAAGAGAUGAUAAUAAUGCUUAGAAUAGCUCUUUUAUGUACAGCCAAGCUUCCUAAAGAAAGGCCAACAAUGAGAGAUGUCUUAACAAUGCUCGGAGAGGCAAAACCUCGUCGAAAGAGUAGCACCGCCACCAACAAAGACAAGCCAGUCUUCUUCAGCCCAUCACCUACAAAUGGCAUCUUGUGAACAGAAUUUUAAAAUUUACAUUUUUUUGUACUUCUAAUCCUUUUGAGCUAAAGUAUCUAAAUUUGUUAAUGAAGUGUCAAAUUUCAUGCAUUCAGGGAACUCAAAAACUACAUUGUUCGAAUCUAUCGAAGGUGUGACAAGAUUUGGAAUUUAAA